UUCUUAUUAUUCCCUCUUAUUGUCACUUACUUUCUUCUUUUACUGAAUAAAAACCUGAAGAGAUCACAAAAAUUAAACACGUUCAUAAUCCCAGAUUUAUGGCCUAAUUCUUAGGGAUUCAGUGUCAAGAUUUUCAGUGAACACUAGAAGAAAAGAAAAAGAAAUCGGUUAUUUGAUAAGUAUUGAGAGCUCUGAGCAUGAAUUGAAGGAGAUUUAGUGGAAGAGAUGAAUGUUAGCCAUGCCUCGGUCCAUCCAGUGGAAGAUCUACCAACCACAGACGGAGGAGUAGACGGCGGCGGCCCCAACAUCAACGAGGUGCCAAGAGUGAGGAUGAAGGACAUUCAGGGAAUGCCUGGAACAGCAGGAGGGCUAGCGUUGCGGAUUUGUCAGUUUGUUUCUGCAGUUUUGGGAAUUUGUAUUAUGGCAACCACUAGUGAUUUUCCAUCUGUUACUGCCUUUUGCUACCUUGUUGCUGCCACCAGUUUGCAGAGUUUGUGGAGCUUAGCGCAGGCUAUAAUUGACGUGUAUGCCCUUCUAGUUAGGCGCUCGUUGCAAAACUACCGUGUUGUUAGUUUGUUUGCUAUUGGCGAUGGGAUCACAUCCACUCUGACAUUUGCUGCAGCUUGUGCCUCUGCGGGCAUCACCGUUCUUAUCGACAAUGAUCUUAAUAGCUGUGCUCAUAACCAUUGCUUACAGUUUAAAACUGCUACUGCAAUGGCCUUCAUUAGCUGGUUUACUGCAUUACCAUCAUUUCUGCUGAACUUUUGGUCACUGGCAUCCAGAUAAGCAGGCAACAACAAAAAAAUUGAAAAGAGAGUAAUCAGAUCUGUGAAGCAUUUUUUAAAUGUCAAUAAUAUCUCCUCGUAGCCUUCUUGGAUGAUUUGAAAAUGAAAACUUGGUUGUGAUUUUAUGGUUGUAUAGUUUGUAUCAUAAAUCGGUAUGCAAGACUAAUAUACGGACAAGGACAUUAU